AUGGGUGUCGGCCAGAGGAAGUUGGUCCCAUUCUGGGUCCUUGCCCUGGCCCUGGCUUGUGGUCAACACACAGGCCAGGCCCGGCAAGAUACUCUGAAAUCCGACCAUGAACAUCACCCUGACUUCUCUCUCCUUGAAGGGCAUGAUGCUGCUCCACUCCGUGGGGUGACCAUCAUCCCACCUCUGAGGACCAUCCCUGUGGUACGAGCUCUCAACCCAGCACACACCGGGCGGGUGUGCAGCACCUGGGGCGACUUCCACUACAAGACCUUUGAUGGCCAGGUCUUCCGCUUCCCUGGCCUCUGCAACUAUGUGUUCUCUGCACACUGUGGGGCUGCCUAUGAGGACUUCAACAUCCAGCUUCGUCGUGGCCGGGAGUCUAAUGCCACCACUCUGAGCAGGGUCACUAUGAAGCUUGACGGCCUAGUUGUUGAUCUGACCAAGAGCUCCGUAUUAGUCAAUAACCAACUGGUUCAGCUGCCCUUCAGCCAGUCUGGGGUCCUUAUUGAGCUCAGCAGUGGCUACCUGAAGGUGGUGGCCCGGCUGGGCCUGGUCUUCAUGUGGAACGAUGAUGACAGUCUCCUGCUGGAGUUGGACACCAAGUAUAUCAACAAGACUUGUGGUCUCUGUGGAGACUUCAAUGGCAGCCCAGAGUCCAGCGAGUUCCUCUCCCACAAUGUUAGAUUGACACCUCUUGAGUUUGGGAACCUCCAGAAGAUGGAUGGCCCCACAGAACAGUGCCAGGACCCCCUCCCUGUGCCUCAGAAGAACUGCUCCACCAGAUUUGGCAUCUGUGAGGAGAUCCUGAAAGGUCAUCUGUUCUCGGACUGCUCGGCCCUGGUGGACACCAGCAGCUACCUGGAGGCUUGCCGGCAGGACCUCUGUCUCUGUGAGAGCCCUGACCUGUCCAGCUGUGUCUGCCAUACCCUGGCUGAGUACUCCCGGCAGUGUGCCCAUGCUGGAGGACAGCCCCAGGACUGGCGGGGUCCCGACCUCUGCUCUCCAACGUGCCCCCUCAACAUGGAACACCAGGAAUGUGGCUCACCCUGUGUGGACACUUGCUCCAACCUCCAGCGCUCCCAGGUCUGUGAGGACCACUGUGUCGCCGGCUGCUUCUGUCCUGAGGGGACCGUGCUUGAUGACAUCAACCAGACUGGCUGUGUCCCUGUGUCCCAGUGUGCCUGCCUGUACAAUGGGACAGCGUAUGCACCGGGUACCAAUUACUCUACUGACUGCACCAAAUGCACAUGCUCUGGAGGUCAGUGGAGCUGCCAGGAGGUCCCAUGCCCUGGCACCUGCUCAGUGCUGGGGGGUUCCCACUUUUCCACAUUUGAUGAAAGGCAGUACACAGUGCAUGGGGACUGCAGCUACGUGCUGAGCAAGCCCUGUGACAGCAACAUCUUCAGUGUGCUGGCUGAGCUUCGAAAGUGUGGACUGACGGACAGCGAGACUUGUCUGAAGAGUGUGACACUGAGCCUGGGUGCGGGGAAGACGGUGGUCAUGGUGAAAGCCACUGGAGAGGUCUUUGUGAAUCAGAUUUAUACCCAGUUGCCGGUGUCCACAGCCAAUGUCACCCUUUUCCGGCCUUCAACCUUCUUCGUCAUUGCCCAGACCAACCUGGGUCUGCAGCUUGAGAUCCAGCUGGUGCCCAUCAUGCAAGUGUUUGUGCGGCUGGCACCUGAGCUCAGGGGUCUAACCUGCGGGCUCUGUGGGAAUUUCAACAGUAUCCAGGCCGAUGACUUCCAGACCAUCAGUGGGGUUGUGGAGGGCACAGCAGCUGCCUUCUUCAACACCUUCAAGACGCAGGCGGCUUGUCCAAACGUCAGGAAUAACUUUGAGGAUCCCUGCUCGCUCAGCGUGGAGAACGAGAAGUAUGCUCAGCACUGGUGUUCUCAGCUGACGGAUGCCAGUGGCCCAUUUUCCCAGUGCCACACCACUGUGAACCCCAGCACCUACUUCUCGAACUGCAUGUUUGACACGUGUAACUGUGAGAAGAGUGAGGACUGCAUGUGCGCGGCCCUGUCCUCCUAUGUGCAUGCCUGUGCCGCCAAAGGCGUGCUGCUCAGUGGCUGGAGGGACGGCGUCUGCACAAAGCCUACAACUACCUGCCCCAAGUCGAUGACCUACCAGUACCACAUCAGCACCUGCCAGCCCACCUGUCGUUCUCUGAAUGAGGAAGAUGUCACCUGCCAUGUCAACUUCAUCCCUGUAGAUGGUUGCACCUGCCCUGCAGGCACCUUCUUGGAUGAUUCAGGCAAAUGUGUGCAGGCCACCAGCUGUCCCUGCUACCACAGGGGAUCCACGGUUCCCAAUGGCGAGUCAAUACAUGACAGUGGGGCCAUUUGCACCUGCACCCAAGGAACCUUGACCUGCAUUGGAGGUCCUGCUCCGACUCCAGUGUGUGAUGCACCCAUGAUCUAUUUUGAUUGCCACAAUGCUACACCUGGGGACACUGGAGCUGGCUGUCAGAAGAGCUGUCACACCCUGGACAUGACUUGUUACAGCUCCGAAUGUGUGCCUGGCUGUGUGUGCCCACAUGGGUUGGUGGCAGAUGGUAAUGGAGGCUGUGUUGUUGCUGAGGACUGUCCCUGUGUGCACAACGAGGCUACUUACAGGCCUGGGGAGACCAUCCGAGUGGGCUGCAACAACUGCACCUGUGAGAACAGGAUGUGGCAGUGUACCGACAAGCCCUGCCUGGCCACCUGUGCUGUGUAUGGGGAUGGCCACUACCUCACUUUCGAUGGGCAGCGUUACAGCUUCAGUGGGAACUGCGAGUACACACUGCUCCAGGACCACUGUGGUGGGAAUAGCAGCUCCCAGGAUGCCUUUCGUGUUGUCACCGAGAACAUCCCCUGUGGUACCACAGGGACCACCUGCUCCAAGGACAUCAAGAUCUUCCUGGGGAACUAUGAACUGAAGCUGAGUGACGGCAAGGUGGAGGUGGUCCAGAAGGGCGUGGGGCAGGAGCCCCCCUACUAUGUCCACCAGAUGGGCAUCUACCUGGUGGUGGAAACUGACGUUGGCCUGGUGCUUCUGUGGGACAGGAAGACCAGCAUCUUUCUCAGACUCAGCCCUGAGUUCAAGGGCAAGGUCUGUGGCCUGUGUGGGAAUUUUGACGACAAUGCCAUCAAUGACUUCACCACGCGCAGCCAGUCUGUGGUCAGCGACAUGCUGGAGUUUGGAAAUAGCUGGAAGUUCUCGCCAUCCUGCCCAGAUGCCAUGGUGUCCAAGGACCCCUGCACUGCCAACCCUUAUCGCAAGUCCUGGGCCCAAAAGCAAUGCAGCAUCAUCAACAGUGCGACCUUCACCGCCUGCCAUGCCCAUGUGGAGCCCGCCAAGUACUAUGAAGCCUGUGUGAGUGACGCGUGUGCCUGUGACUCAGGGGGAGACUGCGAGUGUUUCUGCACUGCCGUGGCUGCCUAUGCCCAGGCCUGCCAUGAAGUGGGAGUGUGUGUGUCUUGGAGGACACCAGACAUCUGCCCGCUAUUCUGUGACUACUACAACCCAGAGGGUCAGUGUGAGUGGCACUACAAGCCGUGUGGGGCUCCCUGCAUGCGCACCUGCCAGAACCCUAAUGGACACUGCCUACAUGAUCUUCCCGGCCUUGAAGGCUGCUACCCUAAGUGCCCACCAACAGCCCCCAUCUUUGAUGAGGGCCUGAUGCAGUGUGUACACAACUGUACAGUCACCCCUUCGCCUCCACCACCUCGUCCCUGCCGCGUCAAUGGAAAGUUGUACCGACCAGGUGCGACAGUACCUUCAGACAAGAACUGCUAUUCCUGCAUUUGCACGGAGAACGGUGUGAGCUGUACCCAUGAUGCUGGUGCCUGUGUCUGUACCUACAACGGGCAACACUUCCAUCCUGGGGAAAUCAUCUACCACACGACAGAUGGCACGGGAGGCUGUAUUUCUGCACACUGCAGGGCCAACGGCACCAUCGAAAGGACCAUUGAUGCUUGCAGCCCCACCACCCCCACACCCCCGACCACUUUCUCCUUCUCCACACCAGUUGUCAUGACCUCAAUGCCACCCUCCAGCACACAUCCCAGCCCUACCCUGAGUGUAGUAUACACAGAGUCCCCAAGCAGGGCUGUGUCGACAACCAGCAGCAUGUCGUCAGUGAAGACACCUGCCACUGCCUCGACCUUGACUGCAUCUACUGUGGCCUCCACCUCAACCACACCAGGCUGCCAGGAGUGCCACUGGUCUCCCUGGAUGGAUGUCAGCCAUCCUGGACGUGGCAUUGACAGUGGUGACUUUGAGACUCUGGAGAACCUCCGUGCCCAUGGCUACCAGAUCUGCCAAGCACCAAGGGCAGUGGAGUGCCGUGCUGAGGAAACCCCUGAGGUGCCCCUUCAUGUGCUGGGGCAGCAUGUGGAGUGUAGUACAACUGGAGGGUUGACCUGUCACAACAGGGAUCAGGUAUCAAGGCUCUGUGACAACUACCAGAUCAGAAUUCAGUGCUGUACCCCCAUCAGCUGUCCAACCUCCAGUGGUCCUACCCAGACCACCCAUUUGAUAACCUCCAGGACAGCUACAAGGGGGACCACAACCUCCUUAACCCCUGUCACCUCAACUGACCACACAGAUAGCACAGUUAUCUCAGGUCGCUCUACCCAUGCUCCAGGUCCUUUUCCCUCUUCCUCACGUCCUUCUUCAUCAGCUCCAAGUCCAACUACCCCUGGCCCAGUUAGUUCUACCGCCAUUAAAGUAAAUCUGUCCACUACUGGCCCAAUGCCACAGCCAACUUCAGCCACAUCAUCUGUGUCCAUCCCAAGCUCAGGGUCCACCACAGCCUCUUUUGAGACUACCCAUGAAUGCACACAGGAGCUUUGCACUUGGACUGAUUGGAUAGAUGGCAGCUACCCUGGGCCUGACAGAAACAGUGGAGAUUUUGACACUUUCAAAAACCUGAGAUCCAAAGGCUACAAGUUCUGUGAGAAGCCACGGAAUGUGGAGUGUAGGGCUCAGUUCUUUCCCGACACUCCACUGGAGGAGCUGGGGCAGGAUGUAAUCUGUAACCGAGAGGAAGGGUUGAUCUGUUUGAACAAAAACCAGCUGCCACCCAUUUGUUAUAACUAUGAGAUCCGGAUAGAAUGCUGUAAGGUAGUGGACCUGUGCUCCACGGCUUCGGCUACCACCCAUCCAGCCUCACAUGAAGUAAGCACAAAAACAAAGACCAACUGGACCACAAGCUUGCAUUCCUCUUCCACCAAGGACACCAGUACUCACUCAGCAACCAUACACACAGAGACCUGGGCCACAGACAGUCCACACACAAUCACCCAACCUGGGACCACCCACUGCUGGCCACAGUGCAACUGGACCAAGUGGUUCGACACUGACUUCCCGGUUCCUGGUCCACAUGGAGGGGACCUGGAAACCUACAGCAACAUCCUGAGGAGGGGAGAGAGGAUCUGUCACCGGCCAGAGGAGAUCACACAGCUGGAAUGCAGGGCUGAGAACCACCCUGAGAUGAGGGUGGAGGAUCUGGGUCAGGUGGUGCAGUGUGACCCCACUGUGGGCCUGGUGUGCAGGAACCGGGACCAGAAGGACGUCUCUGGGAUGUGCCUCAACUAUGAGGUGCGAGUGCUGUGCUGCCGCACUCCUGAAGGCUGCCCUGGGACCACACCUGCCACUCUUUCCAGCACCUCAGGUGAGACUGUCACCAGCUCGGCUCCUGUCACCACUUCUGUGCAUGCAGAAAUCAGCACGUCCACUCCCAGGACCAGGACAACCAUUGUCCAGACAAGCAGCACCACCUCCACACCCCAAACCAGCUCAACCUCUGUGCAGACAGCCAGCACCAUGUCCACCAGGGGCACCAGCACCACAUUUGGGCAGACAGCCAGCACCAUGUCCACCAGGGGCACCAGCACCACAUCUGGGCAGACAGCCAGCACUACCUACAUACCUCAAACAAGCUCACCCUCUAGAGGAAAAUUGAGCACCACCCUCAAAACCCAGACCAGCUCAACCUCUAUAGAAAAAUCCAGUACCACAUCUGGGCAGACAGCCAGCACUACCUCCACGCCCCAAACAAGAACAACACCUAUAGGAAAAUCCAUCACCACCUCUGGACAGCCAGCCAGCACCAUGUCCACCAGGGACACCAGAACCACCUCUGUGCAGACAGCCAGCACCACAUCCAUGCCUAAACCCAGACCAACCUCUGGGCAGCCAGUCAGCACCACCUCCAAACCCCAAACCAGAACAACACCUAUAGGAAAAUCCAGCACCACAUCUGGGCAGACAGCCAGCACCAUGUUCACUAGGAGCACCAGCACCACAUCUGGGCAGACAGCCAGCACGACAUUCAUAGGAAAAACCAGUGCCAUCUCUGUUCCUGGAACCAGAGCCACCUCUGCUCCUACCAGCACCACAGGCCCUGGGUCUCCUUCUGUAGUGACUUCUCUCCCAGGGACCACCCACUGCCAGCCACAGUGCAACUGGACCAAGUGGUUUGACACAGACUUCCCGGUGCCUGGUCCACAUGGAGGGGACCUGGAAACCUACAGCAACAUCCUGAGGAGGGGAGAGAGGAUCUGUCACCGGCCAGAGGAGAUCACACAGCUGGAAUGCAGGGCUGAGAACCACCCUGAGAUGAGGGUGGAGGAUCUGGGUCAGGUGGUGCAGUGUGACCCCACUGUGGGCCUGGUGUGCAGGAACCGGGACCAGAAGGACGUCUCUGGGAUGUGCCUCAACUAUGAGGUGCGAGUGCUGUGCUGCCGCACUCCUGAAGGCUGCCCUGGGACCACACCUGCCACUCUUUCCAGCACCUCAGGUGAGACUGUCACCAGCUCGGCUCCUGUCACCACUUCUGUGCAUGCAGAAAUCAGCACGUCCACUCCCAGGACCAGGACAACCAUUGUCCAGACAAGCAGCACCACCUCCACACCCCAAACCAGCUCAACCUCUGUGCAGACAGCCAGCACCAUGUCUACCAGGGGCACCAGAACCACCUCUGGGCAGACAGCCAGCACCAUGUCCACCAGGGACACCAGGACCACCUCUGUGCAGACAGCCAGCACCAUGUCCACCAGGGGCACCAGAACCACCUCUGUGCAGACAGCCAGCACCACAUCCAUGCCUAAACCCAGACCAACCUCUGGGCAGCCAGUCAGCACCACCUCCAAACCCCAAACCAGAACAACACCUAUAGGAAAAUCCAGAAUCACAUCUGGGCAGACAGCCAGCACCAUGUUCACCAGGAGCACCAGGACCACCCACUGCCGGCCACAGUGCAACUGGACCAAGUGGUUUGACACAGACUUCCCGGUGCCUGGUCCACAUGGAGGGGACCUGGAAACCUACAGCAACAUCCUGAGGAGGGGAGAGAGGAUCUGUCACCGGCCAGAGGAGAUCACACAGCUGGAAUGCAGGGCUGAGAACCACCCUGAGAUGAGGGUGGAGGAUCUGGGUCAGGUGGUGCAGUGUGACCCCACUGUGGGCCUGGUGUGCAGGAACCGGGACCAGAAGGACGUCUCUGGGAUGUGCCUCAACUAUGAGGUGCGAGUGCUGUGCUGCCGCACUCCUGAAGGCUGCCCUGGGACCACACCUGCCACUCUUUCCAGCACCUCAGAAAAAUCCAGUACCACAUCUGGGCAGACAGCCAGCACCAUGUCCACCAGGAACACCAGAACCACCUCUGAGCAGACAGCCAGCACCAUGUCCAUCAGGAGCACCAGCACCACAUCUGGGCAGACAGCCAGCACGACAUUCAUAGGAAAAACCAGUGCCAUCUCUGUUCCUGGAACCAGAGCCACCUCUGCUCCUACCAGCACCACAGGCCCUGGGUCUCCUUCUGUAGUGACUUCUUUCCCAGGGACCACCCACUGCCGGCCACAGUGCAACUGGACCAAGUGGUUUGACACAGACUUCCCGGUGCCUGGUCCACAUGGAGAGGACCUGGAAACCUAUAGCAACAUCCUGAGGAGGGGAGAGAGGAUCUGUCACCGGCCAGAGGAGAUCACACAGCUGGAAUGCAGGGCUGAGAACCACCCUGAGAUGAGGGUGGAGGAUCUGGGUCAGGUGGUGCAGUGUGACCCCACUGUGGGCCUGGUGUGCAGGAACCGGGACCAGAAGGACGUCUCUGGGAUGUGCCUCAACUAUAAGGUGCGAGUGCUGUGCUGCCGCACUCCUGAAGGCUGCCCUGGGACCUCUGCGACUUCCCCUGUGACAUCAUCCCACAUACCCUCAUUUCCAGUUGUGUCACCCUCAUCUGUGUCCCCAUCCUCAUCGUCCAGCCCUAGAGUCCACUCUACCACCCCUUGUUUCUGCAGCGUGGCAGGCCAUUUGUAUCCUAUCGGAUCCAUCAUCUACAACCAGACAGAUCUUGAUGGCCACUGUUACUAUGCCAUGUGUAGCCAGGACUGCCAGGUGGUUAGAAGUGUUAGUCAGGACUGCCCCUCCACCACGCCGUCCCCUACACCAGCUCUAUUCACAUCUACAUCUACCAGCACACCUGUCAUUCAUCGGGAUCGGUGCAAUGUGGUCCCGCCAAGAAUGAAAGGGGACAUCUGGCACAUGCCUAAUUGCUCCCAAGCCACCUGUGAGGGCAACAAUGUCGUCUCCCUGAGCCCACGCCAGUGCCCAGAAGUGAAAGCACCAUCUUGUGCCAACGGCUACCCACCUCUGAAGGUGGAUGACCAGGAUGGUUGCUGCCAGCACUACCAGUGCCAGUGUGUUUGCAGCGGCUGGGGUGAUCCCCACUACAUCACGUUUGAUGGCACCUACUACACUUUUCUGGAUAACUGCACAUAUGUGCUGGUGCAGCAGAUCGUGCCUGUGUUUGGACACUUCCGUGUGCUCAUUGACAACUACUUCUGUGACCCCGGAGACAGUGUUUCCUGCCCGCAGUCCAUCAUCGUGGAGUACCACCAGGACCGCGUGGUGCUGACCCGCAGGCCGGUUGAUGGGAUCAUGACUAACCAGAUCAUCUUCAACAACAAGGUAGUCAAUCCUGGCUUCCAGCAGAAUGGCAUUAUCGUCUCCCGCGUGGGUAUCAAGAUGUAUGUGACCAUCCAGGAGAUUGGUGUCCAGGUCAUGUUCUCAGGCCUCAUCUUCUCUGUUGAGGUGCCCUUCAACAUGUUCUCCAACAACACAGAGGGCCAGUGUGGCACUUGUACCAAUGACCAAAAGGAUGAGUGCCGCCUGCCUGGAGGGGCACUAACCUCUUGUUCUAAGAUGGCCCCCCACUGGAAGGUCCCCAACCAGCCUUCCUGCCAAGGGCCUCCUCCAACAUCAACUUCAGUGGUACCCAGUCCUUCGCCGACUCCAUGCCCACCAUCACCAAUCUGUGAGCUCCUCCUGAGCAAUCUCUUCCAAUCCUGCCAUGACAUCAUCCCUCCACUGGCAUUCUACGAAGGCUGCUUGUUCGACUCCUGCCAUGGGUUGACCUUGGAGGUGGUGUGCUCAGCCCUAGAGCUCUACGCAUCACUCUGUGCAGCCCAAGGCCGGUGCAUCCCCUGGAGAAGCCAGACCAACAAUACCUGUUCAUUCACCUGCCCUGCUAACAAAGUAUACCAGCCGUGUGGCCCAACCAACCCUCAAUACUGCUAUAGGAAUGAUGACACCAGCACCAGUUUGACCCUUCAAGAAGCUGGCCCCUUCACAGAGGGCUGCUUCUGCCCAGAUAACAUGACACCUUUCAGCACUAAUGAUUCAAUCUGCAUGCCUUCCUGCCAAUGGUGCCUGGGGCCUCAUGGAGAACCUGUGGAGCCGGGCCACACCAUCAGCAUCGGCUGCGAGGACUGCACCUGCAGGAAGGCCACACUGACCUGCCAAAGGAAGCCCUGUCCCCAGACCACCUGUCCAGAGCCUGGCUUUGUGCCGGUGCCUGAAGCCCUGGAGGCUGGCCAGUGUUGUCCCCAGUCCAGCUGUGUCUGCAACUCCAGCCACUGCUCUCCUCCUCUGCACUGCCCGGAGAAUUCUAGCCUGAUGGUCACAUACGAGGAGGGAGCUUGCUGCCCAAGCCAAACCUGCAGCAGUCGGAAGGGCUGUGAAGUCAACGGGACUCUCUAUCAGCCUGGUGCUGUGAUCUCCUCCAGCCUGUGUGAAACAUGCUUGUGUGAGGCGCCCAGCAAUUUCCAUUCAGAUGUCUUUGUGGUCAGCUGUGAGACUAAGCUCUGCAGCAACAUCCAAUGUCCUCAGGGCUUUGAGUACCAGGUCAAGCCAGGGCAAUGCUGUGGCCAGUGUAUACAGAAGGGCUGCCUCGUUAAAAACAGCAACAGUUCCACCUACUUCUACCUCGUGAGUACCUGGGACUUCCUGCCAGAACCUGAGGACCCCUGUGUGACUCAUAAGUGUGAGAAGCUCCAAGAUGUAUUCACUAUUGUGACGAUAAAGAAGGAGUGCCCCAAGAUCAACUGUCCACCGGGCCACGCUCAGCUGAGAGAAGAUGGUUGCUGCUAUGACUGUCUCCUACCCCAGCAGAAAUGCACGGUACACCAAAGACAGCAGAUCAUCCGUCAGCAAAACUGCAGCUCUGAGGGGCCAGUGAGCCUCUCCUACUGCCAGGGCAACUGCGGGGACAGCACCUCCAUGUACUCCCUGGAGGCCAACACAGUGGAACACAAGUGUGAGUGCUGCCAGGAGCUGCAAACCUCGCAGAGGAGUGUGACCCUGCGCUGUGACGAUGGCUCCAGCCGCACCUUCAGCUACACCCAGGUUGAGAAGUGUGGCUGCCUGGGCCAGCGGUGCCAUGCUCUCGGUGACACAAGCCACCCAGAGUCCUCAGAAUCAGAGUUCAAGUCCAAGGGAAGUAAGGAACAUGGCCAGUAGUCGGCAUUCAGGGCCAGCGAGGAGGUGCUUGGGCCUUCCCAGUAAACUGAGCAGCACUGCUGUCCCAACACACCACCCCAAAGUCCUCCUGAGGCCAGCAGGACAUGUGCUGCUUGUUCAAGUGGCUUGAAUUCCAGACCCUCUA